AGCUGUCUCCCUUUCUGCUCUUGUGUUAUCAAAAAGAUAAUUAUAUGAAUAACCACACGCAGGUUUAUUGUUAGUUUGUUGUGCCCGCUUACAGGUAAGAACAGCCAGCACAGACUGUAUUAUACCAUAGCACUCAAUCUUUGCGUUUCCGCUUUGUAGGUGGAGACCUUUUGUAGGACAGCCCUGCUGUUUACGUUUGGGGAAGUUGCUCAAUAUCGGAAAACACUUUUUCUUUUAGGUAUGUGAGCAAAACCUAACUGUUUGCGAUUUUUCUGGGUUAAAGAAUCCACUUGAUGGAGUAUAAUUAACGUCUUCAGGUCUAAGAUCAUGACAACAUGACUGUUAGAUAAAACCCAAUCUCAGGUUUGGUCACAAGCUCCCCUCAGAAUGGAUAAUCCAGUAACUUCCGCUACUUAUAUUCGCAACAUCGGUUUUCGUUUACGUCGUAAAUUGUCCGAUUUUUUGGAUCCUCAGGAGAGGUGGAAAGAAGUUCUUGUAGAUAUACAGAAAUCGAGCGGGGAGCCGAGGUAUUCCCAGCUUCAUGUCAGGAGAUUUGAAGGUCUUGUUGCACAGGGUCGCAGUCCCACAGUGGAGCUGCUCAAUGACUGGGGGACCACCAACAGCACAGUGGGUGAACUUGUGGACAUUUUGAAGAGUCACGAGUUACUGGCUGCUGCCAGUGUUCUGCUACCUGAGUCCAGUCCACUGGAGACACAGCUGACUCCUUUAAAAACCCAAAGCACUGCUUCAACCAGAGUGCUGGAAGAGAGAGAUGUGCAGCAGCAGCCCGUCACCACUGUGCUGCAGCUUCGAAUGCCACAGGAGAACACCGAACCAAUACACACAGGCUUCUCCAGUUUCUUAUAUAGUGACCUGAUGAGGAUCACAGGCAACUUUGAUGACCGGUCCACGUCAGCUGGUGGCAGCCGAAUUGGAGAGGGAGGCUUUGGGACGGUAUACAAAGGUCUCCUGAAUGACAAACCAGUUGCAGUGAAAAAACUCAAUCCAGUGGAUGACAUACCACUGGACAAGUUGCAAGAUCAGUUCAACCAAGAGAUCCAGACUCUGAAAGUGUUGAAACACGAGAACUUGGUUGACAUGGUUGGAUUUUCCUGUGACGAACAGCACCUAUGUUUAGUGUACGCUUUCAUGGCCAAUGGAUCGUUAUUAGACCGACUGGCUUGCUUUGAAGGAAGUCCUCCACUUUCCUGGCACCACAGGUGCUUGAUAGCAGAAGGGACAGCCAAAGGUUUGGAGUAUCUGCACUCCAACCAUCACGUCCACAGAGAUGUUAAAAGUGCGAACAUCCUGUUAGAUGAACACUUUGUGGCCAAAAUCUCAGACUUUGGUCUGACGAGAGCAUCGGCCAAGCGAACCUCGACGACCAUGAUGACUGAGAGGAUCGUGGGUACCCGUGCGUACAUGGCACCGGAGGCGCUAAGAGGAGAGAUCACACCAAAAUCCGAUGUCUUCAGUUUUGGAGUGGUGUUGUUAGAAAUAUUGUCUGGACUCCCGCCAGUUGAUGAAAACCGGGAGCCACAGUUCUUGAUGGAGAUGAGGUAUGACAUAGAUGAUGAAGAUGAGGAGCUGACUCUGGAGGAUUUUGUGGACAAAAAGAUGAAAGCCUGGGAGCUGAGCCAGGUGGAGAGUAUUUACUCCUUGGCAUGCAACUGCCUCCAUGACAGGAAAAACAGACGGCCUGUCAUCAGACAGGUACAGGAACGAUCCCAGCAGAUUUAAUGUAUAGGUCAAGCUACUGUGUUGGCAUCUGCACAGCUUUUCACCUUGAGCUGUUUGCCUGUGUUAUGUGCCUCUGCUGGACCUGGCUGAAUGAAGAAAUCCCACAAAGGGAUUUUUUUUGUUUUAGUUUUUGAAAAGAGGAUCAUUAACAACUGAGUCGGGUCAUUGUUUGGGUUUUUUUUUUUAAUGGCAUUUAUUAGCAAAAAUACAUUCACCUGUUUAACUGCUUAUUAACACUAAUAUCUAAACAGCCAAUCACAUAGCAGCAACUGACUGCCGUAUAGGCGUGGCUGUGGUCAUUUAAGCACCUCGAGGUGACUUUUGUUGCGAUUUGAUGCUGUGUAAAUAGCACAUAACCAUUUCCAGUGAGUGGCAGUUUUGAAGGUGAAAAUGCCAGAGAUCAAAGGAAAAUGGGCAGACCGUUUAAAGCUGAUAGGAAGUCAACAGUACUUGUUAUCUUAACAAGGUAUGCAGCAGAGCAUCUCUGAAUGCACGACAUGUUGAACCUUAAAGCAGAUGGGAUGAGCAGCAGAAAGCCGAGGCCACAGUUCACUCAGACAACAGAACAUUGGAAAAACAUUGCCCAGGCCAAUAAGUCUUGAUUUCUUCUAUGACAUUUAGAUGAUAGGAUCAGAAUUUGGCAAAAACAGCAUGAAAGUCCAGCAAUGUACCAAAACCUCAGGCUGCUGCUGGUGUCAUGGUGUGGGGGACAUUGUCUUAUCACACUUUGGACCCCUUAAUACAAACUGAGCGUUUCUUAACCACCACAGCCCACCUGAGUGUUGUUGUUGACCGUGACCACAGUAAACCGACGUUUUUAUGACUGCUUCCAGGAAGGUAACACACCAUGUCACAAAGCUCAGAUAGUCUCAAACUGGUUUCCUGAACAUGACGAGUUCACUGUAAUUGAAUGGCCUCCACAGUCACCAGAUCUUAGCCUUAAUAGAGCAUGUUUGGGACGUGAUAGAAAGGGACAUUUGCAUCAUGAAUGCAUGAUGCAAAUGUCCCUUUCUGCCACAUCCUGACAAAUCUGUGUGGCGCUAUAUUAACCAAAAUCUCUGAGGAAUUUUCCAACACUGUGUUCAAUCUGUGCUGCAACGAAUUAAAGCAGUUCUAAAGGCAAAAGGGGCCCAACUUGAUAUAGCAAGGUGUACCUAAUAAAGUGUAUGGGGAGUCUAUGUAAUAACAAACAUAUUAUUUAGGGGAUUUAGGGAGCAAAUGCAGGCAGUAAGAGAACGGUGACUGCACUCUUGUCUUGUUGAACUAAAGGAAAAUGUCAUAUUGUUGCUACGAUAUAUAUAUGCUAACUUCAUGAUGUAGUCAUGAUUGUUGUGUGUCUGAACAGGUUUACGCGGAGAUUCACGGAGUCGUCAAAAACAUUGCACUGGAUCUUGAUAGAAAGGCGUGAAGCAAAGCAUCGUGGGAAUUGUGAGCUUGCUUCAAACUGCAGACUGACAGAAGAAUUACUGCACUGUUUUUUUUUUUUAAAGGCAUGUAGCUUACGUGUGUAAUUCCUGUAAAAAUACUGCUGAAUACAUUUCUGUGCGGCCUUUAAACAAAUCUAAUGGCCGAACUCUUUCAGAAUGCUGAUUGGUUGUUCUUCCCAGUGUUAAAUGUAUUUAUUACGAACAAUUAAAGAAGUGAAAGAAAGUGAUUUAAAUAUUUUAUUUUUCUUCUUCUUUAAAAGAAUUAUAAGAAAACAUAAGACCAAACAUGAUUUUUCUAUUAUAAUGACACUGUAUGAACAUAAAGGGAUAUUCCCUUCAAACAUGAGGUGAGCGAAGUAGUUUGCCUAAUAUUAAUCAGUACAUCAGUGGAUGUGGCAACAUUUUGAUCAAGGUAAUUAUAUUAUUCCCUUUCCCAUCCAGUAGCGUGGCAUUCCCUGUCAUUAUGGGAACCAGAAAAGCUGGAAAAGCUUCCUUCCUUGUGAAAUCUGAAAUGUGUGGAUGUAAUAUUUCUGGAAGCCCCAGUUCUUUCACUGUGAUCCUUACCGACGUGGACAUCUACCGCAACAGACCAGACUGUUUCUUAAUCAAAGAGCAUCACACAGCUACAAUAUGUACAUUUACAGCACUUGCAUAGAAAAAUAAGUAUCUCAGCAGAUGAUUUUUUUCAUGUAAACCACAGUUAUAUCAAAAAAGAAGUCUUUUUUUUUUUUUCUUUCCCCCCCCAAUAUAAAAUGAAUCAUCA